GUCGGAAGAAAAAGCCACAUUAAUCUCUGGCGGAAAAAUAACAUUCUACAGUAAAAUACAAUAUCACGUCACAGUAGUUGAUAGUGAUGUCCAUUUUCUUUGUGAAAUUUCAAAUUCAAAAACAUGCGGUACAGGUUUUACAUCUGUUCAAACCUCAGUCCACGUUGAUACAAGAAAAGGAAUGCAAAGACAGAUGUCUGAGGAACCUGAAAAUAACACAGCUGUAGUUGCUGCAUUGUCCGGGCUUUUGACCUUGACCGUUAUUCUUCAAAUCCUUGUCCUUGGUGUGCUUUUUCGACAAAAAGAAAUCAGGAUGUUUGGUUGGGCAAUUAGAAUUGACAGACCCCGCAAACAUCUCUCGAAUGGUCAAGAAGAAAAAACAAUUGCAUGUAUAUCUGGUAAUCGGUCAUUACCAGAAAUACCUGCAUCGGAGACAACGAAAACCAUAGAUUGCCCGGAAAGAGCAUGCUCAAGUUCUCAAGAGGGGGAGAAACGGCUCGCUUCAACAGAAGGCUAUGUUCAACAACAGGUGAAUUCUACAUAUUAUGAAGGAUAUGGUUACAUUGCCGUUGGUCCAAUACAAGACGAUUAAGAUACAAAAGAUGAAAAAAAGUUCAAGAUGUUAACAUGUAUUAUACAAAACAUUGUUUGCCUUUGCUUGUCAAUAACCACAUUACACUUCUAAGCAGCCAUAACUGAAACUUAGCAUAUAAUUUUUCAUUAUAAUAUUCAAAAUGUCAUUUAUUGCUACAGAAUUUGUUUCUAGUAUAUUUCUUUUUAAAAGUUGCUCAUAUCAAUUGUCUUUUAUUUUUUUAACAAGUGUCAAAAGUUUGAAGGUUUGUGAUAAUGCAUAUUAAUUAAGUUCAUAAUACAAAAUAAAGAUAAAAUUAGAGCCCUGUCUUAUCUAAUUAAAAAGAAUAUAUUCAUAGAAACUGAUUUAGUACUAAGGUCUCCGAUCCACAUUAAAUCUUUUUGGUAGAAUUAACACGGACAGUUUUAUGUGUAUCCAAGUUGUCACAGUGUGUAUGCGUACAAAGCUUCAUGUACCUUUAGCUAUAUAGCUUGUUUAUAAAAUGCAUAAAUCUGUGUGUGGAUUAAAAAAAAAUGUAACACGCUUUUUUGUUUUUAAUUUAAA